UAGUAAUCCAUUGACACAUCGUUUUGUGAAUUAAAAACACAAUUAAAACACAAAAUUAUUAUUAGUUUUUUCACUUUUCAUUGUACUUCUCGUGUGUUUGGCUUUAAAUGACAUUUAAAUCUCAUUUGAAUUCAUUUACACAGCGUUUGUAAAAGUCAUGUCUGAUUGGCGACCAUAUAAUCACCAAUUGUUCACUCAUUUCACGGAUAAUUACCACUGAAUUGGUGUCCAAUACCGUAGCCAUCGAUAUACUGGUCGCGCGAUUAGCCACUCGUUUGCUGCCAUAAAGUCUUGGAUUUGUUUUUUGUUUUGAAUGUCAUUUUCAUCCGUCAUUUGAUCGCCAAUUAUGUCCACAAAUGUCAUCACAAUCGCCGCGAUUGUCACACAAUUACUGGUGAUUAUCAUCGGCACCGUCGAUGGCCUGCACGUCACCGGAGUCUGGAGUCCAUCAGCGGAGCCCAUGAAAGUGAUCGCCCGGUUUGGUGUCGGGAAGUCUGAUCCGCAUCACAAGGAGGACAGCUAUGGCUACUUCUUCGGCAAUGUCACCCAUCAUAUGGAUCCCAACGAGAAGUUCAAGACCAAGACCAGUGCUCUAGUGUUAGUCAAUCGACAGCUGUUCCAACAGAUCUAUGGCAUACAUAAGACGAGCGCCAAAGUCGUCAAUAAAGUGGUGAAAAACGGUGAUAAUAAGGACAAUAAGACGGUGUCUGUGAGGCCGAAGACGUUCUGCGAUAAUAUCUUCGAUGUGGUCGACACGAAAGCCUACGACCAGACCUGCUAUAAGGAUAAUAAGUGGGAUCUGAUCCGAUUCGUGCCAUGUCUUGAGGGCGCCGUAUGCGAUGGCGCCGCCAAGAGCUCACAGAUUGUCCAGAAUUAUCAGUUCACUUAUGUCAUCGAAGACCAGACGGAGCCCACGUUUUGGUUUUUACUGCUAAUCGCGUGCUAUCGUGACGUGAAGUCAGCCAAUGGUACGCAUAAUAUCACGUGUGAGUGGAGGGACGGCUCGUCGGACGACUCGGUACUCAAAUACGACGUGUGGCUCGUGAACGGCCACCCGAGCAGCGCCUCCAAUAAGCCCCUCGACUUUGACCACCAGUUCUCGUUUGAACAACAGGAUCUGUUCCUAUACUUACUGCUCAUCAUAUUCUACAUAAUCCUAACGUCGGCCCAACUCUAUGCGUUCACAUCGCAAAAGAUCCGCAAUUUGUUGUCGUAUUUGUUCACAAUAUCGCUGUCGACGCACUGCUUGUCCUACUUCUUCGUGGGUCUCCACAAGAUUGUGUUCGCACACGACGGCCAGGGGUUCGAGAUCUUGAACACCGUGGCCGACAUUAUCAGGAUCUUAUCGCUGGGAUGGCCGGUAACUAAACCUGAAAUCAGCGCAAAGCCACUGAUUUUGAUCGCGUGGAUGGCCUACAUUGUCAUUGAAAUCGGAUUAUUCAUUUGGAUUAAGAAAUCGGUGGAUCCGAUCGAAGAGAUCGACGAGUACCAGACGUUCCCCGGCUGGAUAUCCAUGGGUUUCCGGGUGUUCCUAAUGAUGUGGUUUCUGUACGAGUUGCGCCUGUCGAUGAUGUUGGAGCAGGAUCAGAAGCGGCUCAAGUUCUACCUGCACUUCGGCGCCGGCAUACUGGUGUGGUUCGUGCACCUGCCCCUCGUCGCUAUGUUUUGA